GCACAAUUAUUUUCGAACUUCCGUACGGGAUUCCUAGCCUUUGCUUGGGCUUCACUCGGGUUCUUACCAAUGUGUUGUCCGCUCGGCACAUAGGAAUUUAUUUGUUCAUAGAUUUAUUCUCGCUGCAGUUCGGCGGUUCGGCGGCACAAGAUUGAGACCCGUAAUCCGUAUGUGUGGGUAGUCCUUGUGGAAACCUCUGCGAAAUGCCAGAGUUCUCCAGCCGUCUUCGCAGCGGACAUGCCGGUCACCUUCCGCCUAGCGCACUGCUACUGUGCAUUCUAGCGUGCUGCGCUGCCAUAGCGGCGUCCGAAGAUGAGUUGCCGGAGCAAGGCGUCAUCCCCAUCAGCCUUCAGGUGCAGGAAAAGAUUAUGCCGGAACCGGUCGCUAUGGAAGAGCACAUGGCCUCGGCGGACCUUCAUCCGAUUCACAUGGGAAGCGAUCCGAGGUUGUUGGUGGACGAACAUCAUACGUUUAUACCAGUGAUGAUGACAUCGCACAUCAUGACACCUGAACAGAAGUUGAUGUUGUACACAGGCACUCUCACUGUUGGUGUGUCAGGCUUCGGAAAGACCUGGAUACUGGACCUCCUGCAGAACAGACUCGCUAUUGGCAGGCGUGGGAUGAACUUCCGCCUCGAUCCGGAAACCGGCGAGCUCCUCCAUGACGAGGUUGGUGCAGAGACGUGCUAUUACCACGGUGUGGUGCGCGGCAUGGGGAACAAGACCUGGGUGGCAGCCAGCACCUGCUCUGGAUUCAGUGCUACAUUCUUCGAUGGAAUAGCUGCCUACAACACGGCCCCAUUGGAAAAGGGCGCAACGAUGUCCAGCAGGCAUAUCAUCUACCGCACAGCCGAGGCUCACAGCAAGUUCACGUUUCGAUGUGGCCUUGAUCAUGCCAAGGUGGAUAUGGACCGGGCUAUGGAUGAGCUAGCAGUGGAUGUGAUUGGAGAGGAGGAACUGCGUCGGGCCAAACGACAGACAUUCAUCCCAGGCCCGGCGAACACAAGACGGGAAAUUGACCUGUUCAUGGUGGCCGAACUCAACCUGCUAACGGCAAACUCAGGUAAUACAGCAGCAGUGGAAACCCUGAUCAACAAUAUUAUCAACCUCAUGGACAUG